AUGAGUUCAGGAUCUAAUAACUCAAAAGACAUGUUAAUUCGCUUUGAAACAGAAGCUGCUGCAGAUUUUGCUGCAAGAACUCUACAGGAUUAUCCUUAUCAGCACACAGAUCAAGAUAUAUACAAGUUAAAAUGCUGGAUAAAGCAUAAUGCAGAUAAUACUAGCGAUCCACAAGAAUUUGCUGAAGAUGUGAAAAUUGAGAGGGACGUAAUGCCAGUUGAAUUUCAGAGACCUUACUCUCCAGUAAGAGAAAGGGAUAGGAGCCCUCACUUGCGCGAGGAACUAACAAAACUUGAGUUGGAGAUUGAACUGACAAACAAGAAGCGUAUGCUUCUGGAGGCAGAAAGGAACCUAUUACUGGAGCAAAAGCGGCUAGAAAUGCUACAAAAGUCAGGAACACCUGAUUUACCCGUGGAGGAUUCAACACAAUCCUCCACUAGCAGUGCACUUCUCACUGUACCUCCAAAAAAACGAGAACGGAAGCGGCCACAAGACCAAACUCCUCGCUCAGGAGAACCAUCAAAAAACCUAUACUGGCCUUCCAAAAUUCUAAUGAAGGAUAUGCUUCACUGUGUUAGAAGGAAUGUAAAUCCGGACCAAAUACCUUUAUUCAAUGCUUUAUUGCGAAAUGUGGUCAGAAAACGCUUAACUGAUAUCUUAGGUGAUGAACCUAAUCAGAAUACUAAGAAAUGCAUAUCCAUGUACCGAAUGUUAUAUCCAAGAGAUGUAGACGAAGAUUUUGUUAUAACCCUGAAAAAUUUGAUGUUGCAAGGCCAGUUGCCUCCAGAACUUCAGGGUCCUUGUCUCCAAUCAGGCACUUCUAAUGUUAACAUGACAAACACAAGUAACAACAUAGAUCCAGCCGACUUACCAAUUUCAGAACUAAGCAAAGACCUUGAUGAUUGGACUGAGGAUACUGCUGCAAGUGAUACUUAG